CAGCGAGCCCCUAGCAGGUCUUCCGAGCCAACAGCCCACUCUUCAGCUCUGAAAAGGACCACCAGAACAAUAACCCGAAUAAUAGGUGGUUUUCCCCUUCUGAAACCACAAAGGCAAGGAAGAAGAAGGUCUGUUUCAUUGUAAAGAUACGGUUUGGGAACACAUGGUCCUUGGGAAAACGCACACAGAAGAGCUCUGACAUUGCCUCGGUUGGAUGUGCUGCCCUCUGCAGUACUAGAGGGAUUUAGUAGUACUGGAGCAACACUACUCUUGAAAUAAGAGACAAGUGGAUGAUGGAAUGGCGACAUUAAAGAAGAAGAAGAAGAAGAAGAACAACAACAGCAACAGCAGCAGCAGCAGCAGCAACAACAACAACAACUCAGGAAUACUUGGGAAUAUUUUCUGCGUCAUCUGCCAUGGAAACCCUGCUGAUUGUAAAGAAUUCUCCCUCUCAUGGUUAUCCAAGGAAACUCACUGAUGGAAGAUGCUGGAUGCAACCCUGUGCCUGCCUGGAGGAAGUGUGUAACCUGAGACAUCUCUUUGCCUGCUACUACGUCGUAAAUUAUGGACAGUGCAUCGUCUGUGCUUCUUUUUACCUAGCUAUUUCAGGAGGUAGCCUGAAAAUAUACAAUGAUGGGAUAUUUAUCCAAUGGAACAGAAGUGUGUGUUUGCGAAGCAGGUUGGAGGCGCUGGAGAGAGGAUUGAACCCAUCAGGCCUGGCCCCCCCCGGGGGGCCGGAAGCGCCUUCUGCUCCUGAGGGACCAGCCCCGGCUCCGCCUGUUCCUGUGCUGCCAUCUCCCGUGGACCCGGCUCCUGAUGUUCCUGCGUCAUCGCUGCCUGUGCCUGCCGCUUCAGUUGGACAUCCGCCUGCAGAUCCGGCUAUGCCGUUGGUUCCGGGUGAGCCAGCAGCACCGACACCUCCCGGCGGCACCGGCCAGUGGCCUGCUGUUCCCUGGCCGAUUCCUGCCAUGGGUGGAUGGGGGCCAGCUUCCUACUGGUCCCCCUAUACACAACACUUGGGUAUGGGUUUUCCUUUGGCGUUUCCUGGGGUCACGGCUGGUACACAGGGUGCAGCAGAGCAGGUAUGGUUGGGCGGGCGGCCUGCGAGUGGCCCGUUCCCCUCCCCCAGUUUUCCUUCUUCAGAGCAGAAUGCCGCUAAUCGGCCUGGGUAUUACCCAAUGGGGAUUCUGCCUUCGGCCCAGCACGCCCCCUACGGGGGCAUGGGCCUUCCCUUAGGGGAUCACUUGUUGCCUUCUACCAGGGAAAAGAUUCUCAAGGGGGAGUAUGUAGACAUCUUUAGUCUUCUAUUUAGGGAACCAGAAGUUAAACAUAAGGAGGGUGAGUCUUGCAAGGAGUAUGAGGCCACCAAGAGAAAGCCAGUGGAAAAAACAUGGAAUAACUGGCUGUCUGGCUUUACUAUCUACAUGGGCGUGAUACUUCAGGCGCAGCCGGCUCGGGGCCCGGCUCUCCUGAAGUAUAUGGAUAUCAUUCACCGUGCUGUCUCAGAUUUUGCUGGAUCUUCAUGGAUCCGUUAUGAUGAGAGUUUCCGUAUGAGGGCAGCUUUGGAUCCCACUCUGCCGUGGGAUACACCUCUGCAGGAACUAUGGCUGGUGAUCAUGUCUCCAGCUCGCCCAGUUGAAGGUGACCGCUCGGAUAGUGGACACUUGUUGUCCAGGCCUUCCGGGGUUUCGGCCGCAGCGGGGGCGGGCCAGCAGUGGGUUCAACCCCAUCUGGUCUGCUGGGAGUAUAACACCAGCGGCAAGUGCUCUCACUCCCCCUGUCGCUUCAGGCACGCAUGCGGUUUUUGCGGAGCAAAGCACCCCAGUACAUCGUGCUCCCGAGCCAAACCUGGUGGUCCCGGGUCCAAGUUUAGGCCUGGAAACAAUCGGAAGGGUGGUCCCCCCCCACCCCCUUCGGGUAAGGGGCCCCAGCCCCAUCAGGCUUGACGUGUUAGAGCGCUUGCUGAUGGACUACCCUGACCGGUUGGCAGCCUCUUAUCUACUUUUGGGCUUUCGGGAUGGCUUCCGGAUUCCUUCCUCUGCACGCCGGGGGCUAGGGAGUCCUCGUAAUCUUAGAUCUGUGGUGGGCAAGGAGGAUGUGGUAUUACGGAAGAUUACUAAGGAGGUGGUGGCAGGUAGGGUGUUAGGCCCCUUCGAUGCCCCUCCUUUUCCCCGGUUACGAACCUCGCCCCUUGGAGUGGUUCCAAAAGAGGUUCCUGGUGAAUUCCGGUUAAUUCACCACCUUUCGUAUCCCAAAGGGUUGUCUGUCAAUGAUGGCAUCCCCGAUAGUUUGUGUUCGGUUCGUUACACUUCCUUUGAUGAGGCAGUCAGAGUAGUUAGGGGUCAGGGCCCAGGGGCCCUUUUGGCCAAAUGUGAUAUUGAAUCCGCCUUUCGCCUGCUGCCCGUUCAUCCGGACGACUUUGAGUUGCUGGGCUUCACAUUUGCUGGCCAGUUCUAUUUUGAUCGGGCCUUGCCAAUGGGUUGCUCGAUCUCUUGUGCCGCCUUUGAGGCUUUCAGCUCUUUUUUGGAAUGGGCGGUCAGGCGUAGGGCGGGCCUUCAAUCUACAGCUCAUUAUUUAGACGAUUUUCUUUUUGUCGGUAGGGGCAAUUCAGGGGAAUGCCACCGCUUGUUGCGCUCCUUUAUGGGGCUGGCGGAGGAGCUUGGGGUACCGCUGGCUAAGGAUAAAACUGAAGGGCCAGUUACCCGGCUUUCCUUCUUGGGUAUUGAGAUUGAUACGCUUGCUGGUUGUGCUAGACUCCCGCAGGCUAAACUACUAGUGCUGGUGGAGCUGCUUAGGGCCUUAGGGCGGGCCCGUAAAGCCUCCCUUAGGGAGCUUCAGGUGGUAACGGGGCAUCUUAACUUUGCUUGCAGGGUUGUUGCCCCUGGUCGGGCCUUUCUGCGUAGGAUCUGUGACUUGACAAUGGGCCUGCGCGCUCCCCAUCACAGGGUCCGGGUUACUGAAGGGGUCAGGGCUGAUUUGUCCCUUUGGGAGUCCUUUCUGGCCGGCUACAAUGGGGUUACUUUUUGGAGACAGGAGCAGCUUUUAGAGGCUGAUCUGCAGGUCCAUUCGGACGCUGCUGGAGGUGCAGGUUUUGGGCUUUACUUUAGGGGCCGCUGGUGUGCUGCUCCCUGGCCUCGGGACUGGUUUGAACGCGGGGUAACGCGGGAUUUGACCUUUUUGGAACUGUUCCCAAUAGUGGUGGCAGUUCACAUCUGGGCUGAGGAGUUUGCUGACUCCUCAGUUCGUUUCUGGUGCGACAACCAGGCAGUGGUGCAGGUUGUCAACUCUCAGUCUUCGCGCUCCCCUAGGGUUCUGGUU